UUUUAAAUCCAGUACAACCAAUCUCCUCUCUCCCGCGUGCAUCAAAAGUCCCAUAGAUCUCUCUCUCUCUCUCUCUCUCUCUCUCUAAAAUCUCCAUUUCCACAUUACCCAAUACCCAAUCUGAUAAACCGCAUGGGCCUGGCGGCGAACCCAAUCACAGCCGUCGUGCUCCUCCUCCUCCUCUCAAUACUCGCAGCACCGCCACCCGUCUCCGCCAAGCUCAAAACCACCACCAUCCCCUUCGCCAGCUUCACCUCCAACGACCCACUACAUGUAGACCAACCAGCCACAAUAAACAACGGCGCCCUCCAAGUCACCCUCGACACCGCCAACGCCGCCGUCUCCUCGCUCACCAACCAGUCCGGACGGAUCCUCUACGACACCCCCUUCACCCUAUGGGAGGGCCCCAACGACACGUUCUCCGACCGGGUGGCGUCGUUCAACGCCUCGUUCCUCGUGAACAUCUACCGGUUAACGGACUCUCCCAUCCCCGGCGAGGGGCUCACGUUCGUGGUGGCGCCAGACCUGAACGUGCCGCUCAACAGCUACGGGGAGUACUUGGGUCUGACGAAUGCCACCACCGACGGCAACGCUUCGAACCGGAUUCUCGCGGUUGAGCUGGACACGUUUAAGGAGGAUUUUGAUCCGGACGCGAACCACGUCGGGCUGAAUAUAAACUCCGUGAGAUCUAACAAGACAGCGUCGUUGACCCCACUCGAGCUGGUUGGGCCCAAUCAAACUGCCAAUUUCUUCAAUGUCUGGGUUCAGUACGAUGGAGUCAAAAAGGUGAUCGAGGUUUACAUCGCUCAACAAGCAAACCAAACGGAUCCGACGCCUCCAAGACCCGCCAACCCGAUCCUGAACUCGACCCUGGAGCUCCGAGGGCUGGUGAACCAAGUCUCCUACUUCGGCUUCUCCGCGUCAACGGGCAACUUCACCGAGCUCAACUGCGUCUUGCGGUGGAACUUGACGGUGGAGCACUACUCCGACGAAAAACAACUGAUCACAAAGAUCGCCCUCGCCGCCGGCAUCCCGGCGGUGGUUCUCUUAGCGGCGGCGGCUGUGGCGGGGUACUUCCUCCGGAAGAGGUGGUUGGCGCGGUCGAACCCGCAUAUACUGGGAGCCUUGAAGAGCUUGCCCGGGACUCCUCGGGAGUUUCAGUACAAGGAUUUGCUGAGGGCUACGAAUAAGUUCGAUGAGAAGAGGAAGCUGGGACAAGGUGGGUUUGGGGUGGUUUACAAAGGGUACUUGGCGAAUGAGAAUUUGGAUGUGGCUGUGAAGGUUUUUACGAGGGAGAGUUUGAAGGGCGAGGAUGAUUUCUUGGCUGAGCUUACCAUCAUCAAUCGGCUCAGGCACAAGCAUCUUGUUCGAUUAUUGGGAUGGUGUCACAAGCAUGGGAAGUUGCUGCUGGUUUACGAAUACAUGCCCAACGGCAGCCUCGACAAACACCUCUUCAGCGACGCCGACAGCAAGCCGCUGAGCUGGACUCUCCGCCUCAAGAUCAUCUCUGGGGUAGCUGCCGCCCUCCACUACCUCCACAACGAGUAUGACCAGAAGGUGGUCCACCGCGACCUCAAGGCCAGCAACAUCUUGCUUGACUCCGACUUCAAUGCCAGGCUAGGGGACUUUGGCCUCGCGCGGGCCCUAGAAAACGAAAAAACCUCGUAUGCAGAAGUUGAGGGCAUUAUGGGAACACUGGGGUACAUUGCCCCUGAAUGCUUCCACACUGGCAAGGCCACCCAGCAGUCUGAUGUGUAUGCUUUUGGUGCAGUUCUAUUGGAAGUGGUUUGUGGGUUUAAGCCCGGGACACGUAUCGGCGGGUACCAGUUCUUAGUGGAUUGGGUCUGGGCCUUGCAUCGUGAGGGCCGGUUACUUGAGGCAGUGGACAAGAAGCUCGAGGAGGAUUAUGUAGUGGAAGAAGCCCAAAGAAUUUUGCUUCUGGGCCUGUCCUGUUCGCAUCCGACAGCAUGCGAAAGGCCCAAAACACAGGAAAUUGUUCAGAUACUAUCGGGCUCGGUGGCUGUGCCUCAAGUGCCGCCGUUCAAGCCGGCUUUUGUGUGGGCAUCGUUGCCAAUGGGGGAGGGAGACAGCACUGCGGCCACCACCACCACCACCAACACAAUGUCCUUUACGACCUCACACUAUGAAUCACAUUCGACACCAUUGGCCAUCGAAUCAGAACACCAACGCAGACACAGUGAUAGCUUCAAUACCGUUUAAGUUCUCAUUUUUUUGUGGUCUUUCCUACCAACUAGUUGUUCAUUGUUGGGGUAAGAAAUCAGAAAGUUUCCAUCCUUUUCGUUUUUUUUUUCUUUUUUUCUUUUAUCGGUUUCUGUAUUUACUCUGAUUUUGUUUAUUGAGAGGAGGGAGAAAAAUGGGGGAAUUGCUUGCGUAAAUUUGGUGGGUGGUAUUGUAUAAGAUCAACUUUUCUUGUACUUUGUGUUUGUUGGCAAAAGCCUAAAAGGUUUCCUGAGACAGCUGAAGAGGAA